AUGUCGGAGCGUAAAGUUCUUCAGAAAUACUAUCCCGCGGAUUUCGAUCCCCGCGAAAUCGCUCGGCGCCGCGUGCCAAAAUCCGAAAGCAGUGGACCUCGUUUCCAGACGGUGCGCCUCAUGGCGCCAUUCAGCAUGAAGUGCAUGACAUGCGGAGAGUUCAUAUACAGGGGGCGAAAAUUUAACUCCCGGAAGGAGACGAACAUAGAACACAAGUACCUGAACAUCCAGAUCUUCCAGUUUCACAUUAAAUGCACCAGGUGCAGCGCAGAAAUCAUAUUCCGAACAGAUCCGAAAAACAAUGACUACGCAAUGGUGAGGGGCGCUGUGCGCAACAUGGAGCCCUGGAGAAACAAAGUCGCGGAGGACGAAUCGGUAGACGAGAGACUAGAUCGAUUGGAACUAGAAGAGGCUGAAGCUGCUGGGGAAGAGGAGAAGAAUGCAAUGGCGGAUCUCGAGGCGAAGAAUGCCGAUGCCAGGAGGGAAAUGGCUGCGGCAGACAUGUUGGAUGAGAUUCGACAACGGAAUGCAAGAAUACACCGGUCAGAAAAGGAGGGGACAGAUUACGCCGAUACUAUUGUGCGGGCCGAGGACGAGGAGCGGGCGAGGCAGGAGAAGGAGGACGAGGAGGCAGCAAAGAAGGCUUUCGCAGAUGCUCGGGCCCGGAUGGAGACGCGGGUGGAUGGAUUGGACGAUUCUUCCAGCAGCGACAGAAUAUCACAGCGACAACCGAGUGUCGAUGUUGACCAUCCAACAGGCCCCCUGGUUCCACCGCCUUCAUUUAAGAGGACAGUGAAGAAGAAGAAGGACCAUUCUGCGCUGUUGGGUAUCAAGAAGAAGCCUACACUGGUUUGA